GUGUUUUGCACAGAUUAGGUACCUAUUCAACUUAUUUCAUCUUAUUUUAUGUAGUUGUUGUAUAAUCGAUUAUUAAAAUUUUAUUUUAUAGUAUUGUUACAUUUAAAUAAAAGGUGCAACGAUGCUGAAAGUUAUAGCUCGAACGGCGAAUUUAGCUAAAACUCCGUUAUCUAGAUCCCUCCCAGCAUUCUCAACAUGUGGCGCACGGUUGUCAUCGUCAGCUGAUCCAACCAGUCGUAGAGAAGCUCCUAAAUUAGAGAAUGAAACUGUUCUCACCCUACCUGAAGAGGCACAUCAAAAGAAUGCUUUGGAGUCUAAUAUUACAGUUCCCACAAAGGUUGAUUUGACACCAGUUAGCGGUGUUCCUGAGGAGCAUAUCAAAACUCGUCGUGUUCGCAUCUACCAGCCAGCAAAGAAUGCCAUGCAAAGUGGCACCAACAACAUCCAUCACUGGGAGAUGGAGUUUGAUACUCGUCAGCGUUGGGAGAAUCCUCUCAUGGGAUGGACGUCCACUGGUGAUCCUCUCUCUAAUAUGAAAGUUCAAUUCUCCUCACCUGAUGAAGCCAUAGAACAUUGUGAGAAGAAUGGAUGGACGUGGUACUUGGAUGUACCUAAGACAGAGAAGCCAUUGAAACCUAAAAGUUAUGGUAUCAAUUUCUCAUGGAAUCGCAGAACCAGGGUCUCAACUAAGUAGAUUUGUUAGUACAUUGUUUUAUUUAAAUUCUAGAGAUUUAUAAUGCCUUCUGGUUAUAAUAAUAUUACACAGAUAACUGGUUGAAAAUGUAUUGUUUGAUUAUUUAAUUCCUUUUAUUUGAAAAAUUAUAGAAUAUUUGUUCAGUAGUAUAAAUAAAUAUGCAAAUACUA